ACGAUCAAGGACGAUGUUAAAAUCUCACAUGGCGGGUAGACUCGAUGUCGUCUAUAAAUACUAAACGAAACUCACUGGACUCGAUAACGUUGAAUCCCAGUCACCGAGUCCCAAAUCCGAGUCAACAACAACAUCCAUGGCUAUCGAGGCUUGGUUUAUGGAUGAAAGCAAAGAAGAUCAGAGGCUUCCUCACAAACGCAAUCCCAACGAGCCUGUUUCGUUAGACCACUUGGCAGAGAUUGGAGUGUUGUAUUGGAAUUUGAACCCCAAGGAUUACGAGAACGAUGAGGAGUUGAAGAAGAUCAGAGAAGCUAGAGGUUACAAUUACAUGGAUUUGCUUGAUUUGUGCCCAGAGAAAGUUGCUAACUAUGAGGAGAAGCUGAGGAACUUUUACACCGAGCACAUACACGCCGAUGAAGAGAUACGCUACUGCUUGGAAGGCAGCGGAUAUUUCGAUGCCAGGGACAAGGAUGACCGAUGGGUCCGGAUUUGGAUCAAAGCAGGUGAUCUCAUUAUAUUGCCUGCUGGAAUCUAUCACAGGUUCACUCUUGACACCAGCAACUAUAUCAAGUUAAUGAGGUUGUUCGUGGGAGAACCGGUCUGGACAGCAUAUAAUCGGCCGCAAGAGGAUCAUCCUGCAAGGAAAGAGUACAUUAAAAGUUUGACAGAGAAAGUUGAGGUGCCAUUAGCUGCUCAUUAGAGGUAUUUAUCAUUUGCAGAGUCCAUAUAUGUACAUCUCUCUAGUUUCAUAUGUGUUUCUCAAAGGCUGAACUUGAUGUACAUGUAUGUCAAACAUUGAACUCCAUCUAAAUUAUAUGUUUAAAUGCACCGAAUUAUC